AAUCGUCGUUGGACGUUGCUUGCCUGGGGAGGGGGGCCCAGCGCCACUCUCAAGAUGGCUUCCCCGCGCGCCCGCGCUUUGCCUCUCCUAAGAUGGCCGCCAGCCCCUCCUCUAUUCCCUUCCUCUCCCUUCCCUUGUUUUGAAUAAAACUUUAUCGGGAAGGCUGGAAAAGAAAACCCCAGGACCUUAGGCCUCGCGGAGGCCUUUUCAGCGGCCGAAAAGCCUAAAGGAAUUCCUUUGCUUCGGGAAGGCCUGGGAUCCCCGUCCUGGCGUUGGCGCUUCCGCCGGGGAGAAGGUGCCGGGAUCUGGCGUGGCAGAGAAAUCGGCAGAGUCUGGCGCCCGCCUUCGGCUCCGGGGCAAGAAGAAAGGGGAGCGAAGGGGGAAACCUUUUGAUUUGAAAGAGGGAGAGCCCCCCCCCAUCCCACCCCCACCCCCCCAGACAAGAUCGUGGGAGUAAAGGGGGAGCUCGGAUGGGCAUCGUGGGGAGAGGAAGGGAGGGAAACAAUGAUUUCGCUCUUUCGGGGAGAAGGGAGUACGGAGGUCGUCCUUGGAGAGCGAGGGAGCCGUAGCGCGCUUUGUUGGGCUUGAAGGAAGAGCCGAGGGUCUUUUCUUCACUCCACCCUCCCCCGGGGACCAAGAAAGAAGGGGAGCGGGCUCUGCCGGCCGCACGGAGGGGACUCCCCUCAAUUUGGGAGGCCGGUCGUGGGGGGACCCCACUUUCCCUUUCCCUGGGAAGGGGAAAAGGAGCCCGCAAACUUCUGAACGGAGCGGGGAGAAGGCGCUGCGAGCUUUUUGGGGGGAGCGGGGGGGAAUGUUUCGGAGGAUUUCGGGUUCUUAGGGAAAUCCCCUAAAAAAACGUGAGGUCUGUCCGAAACGGCUUCGGAAAGGCGAUCUGCGGAGGAUUUAACCAGUUGUUUUUCCUUGCUGGUUUUGUUUUUUGUUUGUUUGUUUCUCCCCCCCCCCCCAAAAAAAAAAAAAAAAGCCGGCCGGACUUCAGGCUCACAACUGCAUUUUUUGCACAAAAGUUGGUGCCUGGGACGUGGGUGCGUUUUGUGUUGUUUUUUUGCGUGAAUGAAUUUUAUUCCAUCCUCACUUAACCCCAGCUGGGACAGGACUUUUUCCUUCAGGCCUGAGCAUGAGAAGCCUCCCCGGCUUGCCUUAGGGACCGUUUGAUAGCCUUUGGAUUCCUGAGGGUCUUCCUUGGCUUGAACUUGGAGCAGCCCCCCUUCCCUCCACCAUGGCCUCUGUCCCGGUGUAUUGUCUCUGUCGCCUGCCCUACGAUGUCACCCGCUUCAUGAUCGAGUGUGAUGCUUGCCAGGACUGGUUCCAUGGCAGUUGCGUUGGAGUAGAAGAGGAUGCAGCAGCCGACAUUGACUUGUAUCACUGCCCCAACUGUGAACUACUUCAUGGACCAUCUGUCAUGAAACGGCGCCGAGGAAAUCCAAAACAGUCCGAAUCCUCUGUGAACAAAGAGGUUGGCAAGACAGUGAAGACCGGCAGCAGUCAAUUUAUCAAAGAACUUCGCAGCAGGAUAUUUCCUAGUGCGGAUGAUGUGAUCCUAAAGCCAAGUGGAACACAACUGACUGUGGAGUUCCUUGAAGAGAACAGCUUCAGCGUGCCUCUCCUGGUCCUGAAGAAGGAUGGCCUGGGCAUGACUCUUCCUCCACCAUCAUUCACUGUGCGUGAUGUGGAGCAUUAUGUUGGUGCAGACAAGGAGAUCGAUGUCAUUGAUGUGACACGCCAAGCUGACCUCAAGAUGCGCCUGGGUGACUUUGUCGGCUACUACUGCAGCAGCCGGCGAGAGAAAGUGCUCAAUGUCAUCAGUCUGGAAUUCUCAGAAACCAGGUUGUCUAAUUUGGUGGAGACACCAAAGAUUGUGCGCAAGUUGUCCUGGGUGGAGAACCUGUGGCCAGGAGAGUCCGUCUUUGAGCGUCCCAGCGUACAAAAGUACUGCCUGAUGGGGGUGCGGGACAGCUACACGGACUUCCACAUUGACUUUGGGGGCACCUCUGUCUGGUACCAUGUCCUACGGGGAGAGAAGAUCUUCUACCUGGUACGUCCCACUGCGGCCAACCUGACCCUCUUUGAGGCAUGGAGCAGCUCCUCCAAUCAGAAUGAAAUGUUCUUUGGGGACCAAGUGGAUAGGUGCUAUCGCUGUCCUGUCCGCCAGGGCCAGACCCUCUUCAUACCGACAGGGUGGAUCCAUGCUGUGCUGACCCCCGUGGACUGCCUGGCCUUUGGAGGCAAUUUUCUACACAGUCUCAACAUUGAGAUGCAGCUCAAGGCUUACGAGAUUGAAAAGCGCCUCAGCACAGCUGAUCUCUUCAAAUUCCCCAACUUUGAAACGAUCUGCUGGUACGUUGGCAAACAUCUCCUGGAUAUCUUCCGAGGCCUUCGAGAAAACCGUAGGCACCCAGCUGCCUAUUUGGCUCACGGGGCCAAAGCCCUCAAUACUGCAUUUCGCUCCUGGACUAAAAAGGAGGCCUUGAGUGAGCAUGAAGAAGAAAUUCCUGGGACAGUACGUCCAGCACAACUCAUCAAAGACCUGGCCAAGGAGAUCCGACUGGUGGAAGAUAUAUUCCAGCAGAACAUUGGGAAGACUGGCAGCCCUUUUGGCCUGCAGAGAGUCGCCCAGCCUGGUGCAGCAGCUGCCAAAAAGGGAGAUCAGAGUCCCAAGGAGCCGGGCAAGAAAGGCAGCCGAAAGGAUGCUGCAUCCGUCAAAGCCCUGGAACUGGAGUUGCUGCGCAAGUACAAGAGGCAGCAGAGCUUGAAACGUGCAGAGAGUCCCGGACAGGAGGAGUUUGACUUGCCAAGUUCCAGCCUGGAUGAUACAGAUGGAGAGCCUGAUCUGACAGAGGAAGAGCUGUCCGUGGUGGUGGCCAAUGGUCGAGGCACCAGGAAAAUCAAAGCCUCGGAGCGCAUCCGGAGCCACAAAGGAGCACAAAUGAGAGCCCCUCCCAGCCCCUCUGAUGCAGAAGCCCCAGAUAUAGACUCUGAGGAGGAUCUGCAGAUCGACGAAACGCCACGCAGGGAAAGGAGGAAUCUGCUGCUGCACAAGAAGCUUUCCAAAUUUCCUCGGAAACUGCCACGAGCCAAACCCUGUUCCGACCCAAAUAAAGUGCGAGAGCCAGGGGAAGUAGAAUUUGACAUUGAAGAGGACUACACCACCGAAGAGGAGGAGGAGGAUGCUUCUGGUGAUGACCAAUUGGAAGGCAGCAGUAGUGCUGGUGGGAUCCUGGACCUGCUCAAAGCCAGUCGGCAGGUUGGCGGUGCUGACUAUGAUGAGCUGAGUGAUGCUCCUGCAUCUCCCAGUACUCAGGAAGCCAUCCAAGGCAUGUUGUGCAUGGCCAACCUCCAGUCGUCCUCCUCGGGAGGGGCCUCCAGCUUGCAGGCCUGGUUGGCAGCUGGGCAUGAACGUGGCUCUGCGGGAGCCUCUGGCACACAGCGCUCAGGAAAGAGACCCAUCAAACGGCCGGCUCAUCACAGCACUGACAGCGAGGAAGAGGCCAGCAUGGAUGAGCAGGAGAGCCUGGGAGCCUGUUUUAAGGAUUCUGAAUACAUUUACCCCUCCUUGGAAUCAGAUGAGGAUGACCCAGCCUUGAAGUCACUGCCAAAGAAGAAAAAAUGCACGGAUGAUGCUCCAUGGAGUCCUAAAGCCCGGGUGACCCCAACUCUACCCAAGCAAGACCGCCCAGUCCGUGAAGGAACCAGAGUGGCAUCUGUCGAGACCGGGCUGGCAGCUGCAGCAGCUAAACUAGCUCAGCAGGAACAUCAGAAGUCGCAGCGGCGGAAAUUCGUGGUAAAAAAGAAGCCACCAUCUCCAAAAGCUCCUAGUCCAGAACCGGAGCCAGAGCCAGAACCAGAGCCAGAACCAGAGCCAGAACCAGAGCCAGAACUGAUAGAAGCAGAAGUGGAGCCAGAUGUGCCACCUCCACCCCCUGUCCCCCAGGAACCAGAUCCUGAGCUGGAGGCCCCUGUGCCCACCCCUCCUCCGGAAACAAAACAGGAGCAGUUUGCUGGCAGCCUGGUGGAUCAUGAAUACACCGCUCGGCCUAAUGUCUUUGGAAUGGCCCAGGUGAACCGGGGCUCCACGCCUAUGGCCCCAGGGGUCUUCUUGUCCCAGCGGCGCCCCUCAGCUGGCUCACCAGGUCCUCAAGCAGCACAGGGAAAACGCCCCAAGAAGGGCUUAGCGACAGCCAAGCAGCGACUGGGACGCAUCCUGAAGAUCCAUCGCAAUGGCAAGCUACUCCUCUGAGUGCAUCCCCAUGUCAGCUCCAGACCACAUGCCCAGCCCUUGGGCAGCAGAAGUUGGGUGAGGCACAGAGACCCACUUGGAGGCACCGCCUGGUGUCUUUGGAGGGCUAACAGGACCUUGGGCGUGUGGACAAGGCCUGCGCUACUCUACCUCUCCUUCCCUCACAUGGAUCAGAGCCAAGUCUGAGCUGCCUGUGUUACUGUUGGGAGCUUUCUCGAUUGGCGGCACCUGAACACAGAGGCGAACCGUACUGGUUUCCCUGAAGAGACAGACAACGUAGGAAGCGGGGGCUUUGUUGUGCCCGCUGAUUCUCCAUCCCUACCUCGACCCGCUGCACUUCCUUUUUUUUGUUUUUUUUUGUUCUGGGGCUGAUACCUCUUUUCGAAUGUUCCCUUCCCUCUGUCAAGUCACACCUUGUCUUUUCCUCCUAGCAGCUUCAAAUGCCCUUUGUAUCUUUUGUUGCUGUUGGCAGACCCUGGCAUGCCAAGGAGUGCUUCUUCUUCUUCUUUUUUUCUUUUCUUUUCAUUACUUUUUAAAAAUGCUUUUCCCAGCAGAAAGUAGCUGCUUGUUGUUGUUUUUACGCAAGCAGAGGGUUUCUUUGCAAUCUUCAAGAACAGCGUUCCUCAACUUUCGAGAUGAGUGGACUUCAGAGGUGGGUUGCUCACCCCGUUCCAACCGGUACGGUUGGAACAGGGCCGGUGGCGUCCU